AGACGUGCGUGUCGGAACAGGAAAAAGCAAGACCAAAUCCAAAUCCGAAACCAAACCAAACCAAAACCAAACAUACGACGAGAAGUGAAUCUCUGAAGCAAAGUGUUCAAGUGACAAGUGUCUUGUGUGUGUGAUUUAGAGUUCGAGCCCAGAGAUAGAGACCCCACAGAUGGCAUUGGAGGAUCGCUGCAGUCCACAGUCAGCGCCCAGUCCCGUUACGAUCUCCGCUCACCAAAUGCAGCAAAUGCAGCACCAUCAGCAAACCCAACAUCAGCAGCACCAGCAGCAGCAGCAACAAAUGCAGCAUCUCCAUCAGCUCCAGCAGCUGCAGCAGUUGCAUCAACAGCAACUGGCCGCCGGCGUGUUCCAUCAUCCGGCGGUGGCUUUUGAUGCAGCAGCUGCAGCAGCCGCAGCCGCAGCAGCAGCCGCUGCAGCGGCUCAUGCCGCCCAUGCCCAUGCUGCACUGCAGCAGAGGCUUAGUGGGAGCGGUUCGCCAGCCUCCUGCUCCACCACACCGCUGACCAUCAAGGAGGAGGAGAGUGACUCUGUCAUCGGGGAUCUGAGUUUCCACAAUCAGACGCACACCACCAACGAGGAGGAUGAGGCAGAGGAGGAGGAUGACAUUGAUGUGGAUGUGGAUGAUACGGCGGCGGGACGCUUGCCACCGCCAGCCCAUCAGCAGCAGUCGACGGCCAAGCCUUCGCUGGCCUUUUCCAUCUCCAAUAUCCUCAGUGAUCGCUUUGGCGAUGGCCAGAAGGCCACACCGGGCAAGCAGGAGAAUCAGGCCGGCAUUUUCCGGCCUUUUGAGCCGGCGAGUCGCUCUCAGACAGCCACGCCCUCUGCCUUCACCCGUGUGGAUCUCUUGGAAUUCAGCCGGCAGCAGCAGGCAGCCGCCGCAGCAGCCACAGCAGCCAUGAUGCUAGAGCGAGCCAAUUUCCUCAAUUGCUUCAAUCCCGCCGCCUAUCCACGGAUUCACGAAGAGAUUGUCCAGAGUCGAUUGCGCCGGAAUGCGGCAAACUCUGUGAUUCCCCCUCCGCUGGGCUCCAAGAUGAGCGACAGUAAUCCAGAGAAAUCCGCCCUGGGAUCCCUGUGCAAGGCCGUCUCUCAGAUUGGACAACCUGCCGCUCCAACCAUGACACAGGUGCCGCUGAGCAGCAGUGCCAGCAGCCUGGCCAGUCCACCGCCCGCCUCGAAUGCCUCCACCAUUAGCAGCACCUCCUCCACGGCCACCAGUUCGAGCUCAUCCUCAUCGUCGGGUUGCUCCUCGGCGGCCAGUUCGUUGAACUCCUCGCCCAGCAGCCGCUUGGGUGUCAAUGGAUCAGCGGCCAAUGCCAGCAGUCCACAGCCCCAGCCCAUUCCUCCGCCAUCCGCUGUGAGCAGGGAUUCCGGCAUGGAAUCCUCGGAUGACACACGCUCGGAGACGGGCUCCACAACCACGGAGGGUGGCAAGAAUGAGAUGUGGCCCGCCUGGGUGUACUGCACCCGUUACAGCGAUCGUCCCAGCUCAGGACCCCGCUAUCGUCGCCCCAAACAGCCAAAGGAUAAGACCAACGAUGAGAAGCGUCCCAGAACCGCCUUCUCCAGCGAACAGUUGGCCCGCCUCAAGCGGGAGUUCAAUGAGAAUCGCUAUCUAACCGAGCGCCGUCGCCAGCAGCUGAGCUCCGAACUGGGCCUGAAUGAGGCACAGAUCAAGAUCUGGUUCCAGAAUAAGCGGGCCAAGAUCAAGAAAUCCACGGGCUCCAAGAAUCCCCUGGCCUUGCAGCUUAUGGCCCAGGGUCUGUAUAAUCAUACCACCGUGCCGCUGACCAAGGAGGAGGAGGAGCUGGAGAUGCGCAUGAAUGGCCAGAUACCCUAA